AUGGAUCCUGGGACUAUCUUAGCGGUUGUCUCGCUGGUAUUGCAGGUUAUUACACUAGCAGACCAGGUCAUCGAGAGCUUCGAGCGGCUCAAAAACGCUCCACAGGAGCUUAGGGACUUUCGACAAUCUGCUGUGCGGCUUCAGCGCCAUCUUGAAGCGCUUCAAAACGAUGUUUCAUAUUAUUCCUUGCAUGACAUCUUGCAUGAGGAUGAUGUUCACGAGAUCGAGGAGACACUGACCUUAUGCAAAGAACUCCUUCAGCAACAGGUUACUUCAUCGAAAGGCCUAGUGGUUACCACUGUCAUCCGGGGUGUUUGGACAUUCAGGAAUAAUCAGAAGCUUGUAAAGUACAAGACUCGCAAGCGUGCGUUUCUUGAUCCCCACGAACAUGUUACUUAUGAAGAUGUUUCCAGUGGCAGAAAUAACCCUAACCGCUCUCUAUUAUCAUCCGGGAGAGAGGAUACGACAGUUGUCGCAGAAACCUACAAUAAUGCCCUGACAGACCCAGCACCGCCGUCGCAAUACCAAGUUGCACCAGAACAUAUACAGCAGAUAACGGUGAAGCUUCAUAAGCUCAAAACUGCUGACGAUAAGGAAGCUACCGAGCAGACACUUCGGAGCAUCGACUAUGAGCUGAGAACAUGUUGGACAGAGCUGGGGCUGGUGGAGGAAGGCACUGACGAUCUCGUCGACUACCCAAUGCCGAACAUUAAACGUAGAUCAACACUCAGUUAUGAAGACGCACCCACUACAUUGGAGUUGGAGAGUGCACUGCAACAGCAUAGACGACUACGCCUCAGGAGACUUCAUAUUAUGGCUCGAGAUGACGAGUCUCGCAUUUUACAAUACCAGAAUGGCGACUGUACUAUACAUGUCACACACGUCGUACCUUACGGUCCCAUACCUUGGACUCGCAACAAGUCCUCCAAGAGAGUUUCCUUUCUCAAAAAACACCUCGUCACCGUUGUCGACAGCGAAGGCUACCACAUAUAUCGUCUCGAUCCAAAGUACAAGUUCGAAGACCGAGAAGCCUGCGAUAAAUUCCAGUCGACGCUCCGCGAAAGAGAACUCGUCGGCGCUUUCGAGGCCGUCGAGGUAAAAGCCGAUGGCCGAAUCGUUGCUCGAAGACAAAUGCUACGGUUCUGGCAUAGGGUUGAGCGAGAUGGCACGACGACCAACACCUUCACCUACUAUAUAUCUUCAGGGACCUCGGCGGGAGAGCAUGAUGAGAUCAACCUGGCCCAACUCCAGAGUUCUGUCACAAUCCCACGUAUUCGACGUCUAUCUUGGGACAUUGGAAGGAGAAUCGAGUCUAAUGCAGUGGACCUCAUGCCUUCUCCACAGGGAUCGAGGCAGUUUCAUCUAAAGUUCGAAACCGAUCAAGAAACAAAGCAGUUUAAGGCGAGAUUCUCGGUUAUGCAAAAUGGGGGUUUCUCACAACCUCCGUCGCUAGCCGGUAACUGUUCAACUAGAGCAGAGUCGACUCUAGUGGGCACGCCUAUGGUAGGACCAAAACCUGAUCUUACUGAGGUGCCAAUUAUUGCUCUCGAUACAGGUGCUCAAGAGGGACUUUUCGAGGAAUGGAACACGGCCGUUUUCCAGGUCGGAACUAACAAACUUUGA